AAGGUCCAAACCGGAAAUUGUUGGCUCCAGUCACGCUAGCUUGAGCUCGCCCGUGCCUCCCGCGGGUCUGAACUGAACUGAACUGAUGCCGCUGCUCCUUUAGCGGAAUUCACGCGACCAAGUCCUAACUCCUUCCGGGAAGAAAGUUCCGUCUGCGCCGCACCCGUCGCCAUGAUGACCAAGAAAGUCCGGACGGAGUACAUGAAGAAGUUCCGGGAGCCCAAGUGGGAGACCUUCUCCAAAUGCUACGAGGACUCUCUCAAAUACCGCCUGACCCGGCGGGUCAUGGAGCACUCUCAUAAGCCCUGGUUCUGGGAGGGCGGCUCCGUGCGGUCCAGCGGCAAGUCCACGCCCAGGACUGUCGGAUCACGGCUUGGACGCAACCGGGUGGCCCCGCCGCCCGCCGCCGAGACAAACCGACCGAGGUCUGGUCCCGAUGCCGGGCCGUCGUCGGAGGAGCAGGAAGUAACGGAGGCGGCGGAUGCAGACGCCGCGUACCUGGCAGAAAACACCGCCGGGGGCGCCCCCAACGCGAGCGUGGCGUCCCACGAGCCGGACGCCGACGACGGGCCGGUCACCAACGGGGAUCCCGCCGAGUCGGCAUCUUCUCCUCUGCGUCACCGGGACGGUCGCCCUGGCAACGGGUCGCCCACCGACCGCAAACCAGAGCGGGCCGAGAGCCAACCGCCGCCGGGGGGCGGCGGCGACGAAGCCGCGGCGCCCAACGAUCAAGGCGAGCGUUGCGACGCCAGCGUCCGGACGCCGCCGUCGCGUCCUCCCGACCAGCGCCUGGCGAGCGCCCAUCGCCGCCGCGCACGCUCGGCUGACCCGGACGAGCUGCGACGCCGCCGGUGGACGGCCUCCGCCACCGCCGACGAGCGCUGGGUGACGGAGUACAUGCGCUGCUUCUCUGCGCGGGUGGACGCCAGGCCACGCCUCUAAAAACAAACAAACAAAAACAAAAACCCGCAGCACAGUUGUACUCCGGGGCUUCAACCUAGCGGGCGUUUUGAAUCCAAAUCCAAUUUCCCGCCAUGAGAAUUUCUUUGCAAAUGCGCAAAUUUUUUUUAUUAAUUAAAUAUUUAUAUUUAAUAAUAUAUAAAAUAAUAUAAAAUUAAAAAAAAAAGAAAUUUCCCCAGUGUGGGACGAAGAAAGGAUAUCUUAUCUUAAAAGAUUUGGGAUGCUUCGACAGGGAAAGAAAACCCCGACGAGUUGCGUCUGCAAACCGCUCGUUUGUAUUUGGUCAUCGUUUCCUCGAGGGACCCCAUCAAAAAAUUCAGUAGCAGCCAAUUCGAGACCAAGUCUGAAAAGACGUUCCAAAACGUCUUUGGGAGUGAAAGAGUUAAAGGGGCGACUUUGCUCAACGAAAUCACUCGAAACACAUUUUUGUAGCCGAUUUUGAAGGAGGACAAGCGCGCUCGGUCGGGAACUCCGUUCGUUACUUGCUCCCCCUCCGCCCCGGAGGAACGCUGAAGGUUUCUUGGGCCGUCGCUGCAGGAUCGGCGUUCAAAGAGUACUCGUCUCCAACUUUGCGACGGAUGAAUAGCGAGCAACCCAAGCUAACGCUCUUUCGCGCCGACGUUCGUAACCGUCAAGAAUGUUUCUAUAGAUUUCGAUUUUCCACAGAUCCCUUUUUUUUUUCUGGGGAGUUUUUCGGGGCGGGGGUUUUUGCACGCGAACGCCGCACCGAACAAGAAAGCGGCGUGACGGACAAAGCGGAAAGUACACACCCAAUCGUGUAGAGACACUUUUGCCCACGUGACUUUCGAUGUUCCUGGAAAGAUGAGAAAUAAAAACACUUCAACAAA